CAACAACCGAAGAAUGUGACAGCCCAAACUCACGUCAAAAGCAAACAAAAUAGAUUAAUUAGACCACUUAAGCAAGACAAGAUAUCGUUUUCUAAAUCUUUUGUAGGUUUAUUACUAUCAUUACGUUGAUUUUCAUACGUCAUUUUUUAAACUGCUAUAUCAUUCAAUGUUUGGAAAGAGACAACAAGAACGACGCUCACAAAAAGUAAUCUCCUGCUGAGAUAUACAAUGUAAUUCAAUUAGUUGUCUCGAUUCGCCAAAAAUGCCUUUCUUCAAAAAGAAAGGAAGUGAUGACCAUUUUUACAAGUCUCGCCUUGAACACAAGCUUUAUCUUGCAAGGGAGAAUCCAGAACCAUGUUUUGAUCUUUCGGAUUGUGCCUUAAGAGACGUUCCGGCAGGAGUAUUUUCUUUAUGUAAAGUAUUCCGUAAAGAGUCCUUGUAUCUGCAGGACAAUCAGUUGUCUUCGCUUGAAGGAGGUGGAAAUGUGAAGGAUCUUGCUAUGUUGACAACUCUUGACCUUCAAAACAAUAACUUUUUAUUUUUACCUGAAAGCUUCGGCUUUCUAAUAAAUAUUAGGAUGCUAUUUCUGAACAACAAUAAGCUUAACAGUUUGCCAGAUUGCUUUGACUCUCUGAAACAACUUCAGGUUUUGGAAGUUGCUCAGAACAAAUUGAGAUCCAUUCCUUUAUCAUUGUGCAAAGCACUUCAUCUUACAAAAUUGGAUCUCCGUGAAAAUUCUGAUUUAACGUUAAGGAAGUUACCACCAAGUAUAAUAGAGAUGCCUAUGCUGGAAACUCUCUUGAUGGAUGAAUCACAACUGAGCUGUGUCCCCGAAAACAUUGUUGAAAAGGGCACCCGAGGAAUAUUGUCAUUUUUUGCUGAAGAAAAUGGGCUUGAAUACAUUCCACUUGAAGAGCGACAACUUCCAGAAUCUGCAGAUGAAGGAAAAGUUGUCAAUGUAUUUGAUACUGAAAAACAACAACGAGGAUUCAAGGAGCGACUCCAUCAACUAGACCAACUCAAGGCACAGAGACAGAGAGAGAGAAUAUUGUUGGAAGCAGAUCGUGGCGAAACACAUCAAAGAGAAUUUGAGGCACGCUGUGCACUGAAAGAGAACCGAGGUCGGCUCCUGGCACAUUUAGCAUUUCAACAAUCAAAGCUUGAAAAAGAAGUUGAACGCCUUCAGCAACAACGAGAAGAAGAAAGACGACGGCUAAUUUUGCAUCUGCAAGAAGUGGAACGCAACACAGAUGUAAUGAUCACUCAAUUACUCUUACUCUCAGCCCAAGAGAGGGAGCAAGAAAGACAGGAGAAGUUGAUAAGAGCUCAAGAAGAAGAACAGGAAUUGUUAGCCACCAUGCAACAGCAGCAGAGAGAUUUACAAAAGCAUGAUGUUCUUGAUGGGAUGAAGCAGUUAGUAGAGGAAGAAAUGAGACAAGAAAGAAUUAUGAGGGAAUAUGAACAAUGCCGUGUGGAAAUGACCAGUAGUUUACUUUGCAAGGAACUUGAGUCAAGCAAUAUGCUCCUAAAUGCAGUUGAUAGACACAGUAGUGCGCAAAUGGAGCUAGUGCAGCGUUUGCAAAAGGACGAAGAACUUCAGCGGGCAGCUGUUUGUUCAUUACUUGAACGUAGUGAUGCUAGGACAUGGGGUUUGGUGCAACAGGUAUCCCUUGUGGAGCAACAGCUUGCUCAACUAACUGCCUUGGAGCUGCAGAGGCGGAAUCAUCAACUUUCAGAACAACUGUCAGAUCUAGCAGAAAAACGAACAGCUCUGUCAUCCCUGUUGGUUCAUUUACUACAAGAGCAGUCACUCCGGCGAGAACAGUUGAUUCAUACUCUUCAUGAAAUGGAGCGGCAUCGCCAGGACAGCUCAGACUUUUGGUUGCAUCAAUAUCAACGUCUCCUGGAUUCUCGACCAAACAGAUUUAUUGACAAGGAAAGAGUACUUGAUCCUCUACUAGCUAACCAUUUGGUUUUAAAUGGAGUUGUACACUGCUUGCCUUUUCUUGCUCAAUGGAUGCAUGAUCCUGAUGCCCUCAUAAAUGUGACACAUGCUCAGCUAAAAGCAGCGGGCAUUAGAUCCGAUCAAGAUUCUUACAAUGUUUUGAGAGCAUUAGAAUUAUAUGCUGAAGAACGAGAAUGUGCUAUCCAAAAGCUCUCUUGUUUCAACCCACCAAAUCUACCAUCUGCUCCAAUUGAAGAAGCAUCUGCUUUACCAGAGCCAUCUACAUCAUCUGUAGCAGUAUUGGAAACAGACGAGAACAUUCCCAAAGGCAUAAUUGAAACAGAAUGUGUUAUUUGUAUGGAAGCUGCUUGUGAUGUGAUUAUCCUACAGUGUGGCCAUAUGUGUUGCUGUGCAAAAUGCUGUGAGCCUUUGAUUAACUGUCCUAUGUGUCGUGGGGACAUUGAACGCAAAAUAAGAGUAAGAGCUGCAUAGUUUGCCAGUUUGAUUCUGGUGAGUUUCUCUUUCCAUAUUGUUUCAUGUGAAGUUUGCAAUAUUUACCAGAGCACAUUAUGGUUGUUGAUGUGGUGCAUAUCAGCUUUUAUUAAUAUGGUGUGAUAUUCAGUUAUGACCUUUUUCCCUUUUCAGUCAUGUAGUUAUUAUAAAGUCAAGUCAAAGUACUAAGAGCUGUUGUUGUACAGAAUGUUUUUCUUUUUUCUGAGUUUUUAGCUAGUUUUGCUGUGCAAUAAUAUUUCCCCAUAAGAACCAAGCUCUUAUAAUCAUCCUCCUCCACCAGGAUUCCUUUGAACUCAAAUAUUUAAGAUAUACCUUUAAGUGCCAUGCGUGUUUUGUGUCACCAGCCAGUUUUGGCAAAGUCAAUACAUUCGACCAAAUUGUAGAUUUUUCCAUUUUUACAUGUUGAUGUUUUAUAAAAUCUUUGCUUACUUAUUCUGUAAGGAAUUAGUUUUGGGAUUGCUGUUAUUGUAAAAUGUAAACCAAUAAUAUAACAUCACAUACUGACCAACUUUUAAAUGCUGUGUUCCAACCCUUUCCCUUGGUUGUGUAGUUUUGCUGACAUUACAAGUUAUUUGUGAAGGUUUUCAUUCUAAAGCAUAGCACAACUUCAGCCUGGAUGAUUCAUAGUCUGUUAUAUUUAAUAUUAUUAUUGCGUGUAUACAUUUAUCUAUAUUGAGAGGUGAGGGCAUGUGGUUGUCCUUGUAGCAAUAUGUCUGAAGUCUGGGGGAUGAUGUUUAAAUCACGAACACUGAUCACAGUUUGAGAAAGGUUUUCAGAUACAGCAUCGUUUAGGGUGUGAUGUCACAGUCUAACACAAAAUUUAUUUCACUGCCAAUUUGUUAAUGGUACUUUUCUAUAUUUCAUUGUAUUUGUGAUUUCUUUGUUAAAAACACCGUUUUUACUGCAACCGCGUGCGAUUGUCAUCAAAGUUAAUUUUAGUACACUUUUGUGAAGUGUGCGCUCAAAGACUCACAUCCUCUUCUACCUUAUAUUAUACCUCCAUUAUGCAAUUUUUCAAUCUUUCAUACAUUUAAUUGCUUUAAGUAUUUUUAGAGCACUCCAAGCAAAGGCUGUUAUUCAAGUGUGAUAUUCUUAUGAAAAAUAAAUAUUAUCUUUGUCUAA